CCCGCCUAAAUGUCAGAUCCUCGCUCUAAACUUAGUUCAUCUAAGAUCAUCGAUACGUGCCGCGCAUCGUAAACCGGGCGGCUGACUCCCAAUGCAUGUGUCGUUACGAGAGCAUAUGCGUCCAGCGCGAGUCACUCUAAGGUGGUAGCUUGGGCGAGAAGCUUUCCUGUUGGCAGCUCAUUCCAGCUCACUUCGAAGGCCAGCCGUGGCGUUCCGCCUCAUAAGUACGUCAGUUCGCCAUCCCCAUCUACGCAACUUCCGCUCCUAUAAUCGCGGCGUUCCGCCUGACAACUACGUCAGCUCACCAUCCCCCUCUACGCAACUUCCGCUUCUAGAAUCGUACCACCUCUUCACGUGUCAUGAUUUUGUAUGCAUGAUCUAACCUACAUGGGUUGCCAUGAGCUCAGCUUUGCUGGUUGACAAACCAUCCGGCCGCCUGCUUGACCAGUCAGCUAAUCUCGUCUUGGCAGGACGGAAGAUCUCCAGUCGCGUAUCCAUGUCGCGUGCCGUGCCUUUUGGGCGGCUACCGUGUCAUCCGCGGAAUGUGUUGGCGGCAUGCUUUAGGGUUCGUGACGCAGCUGCCGCGAUGAAUUCUAUGUCGUACAAUCACGCGGGAAAUCUCUCAAAUGGAGGUCAGCUGCUCGACUUGAUGACGAUCAUCUGGGCGGCAGCUGCGUGCGAGCCAGGCUAGCAAGUACCCUUCAUGGGACGAGGAGCCGAGCGCACAGCUGAAUACAACUCGGCACAUCUCGGUACAGCUCGAUGCAGCUCAGCACAGCGCAGCGCAUGCGGCGGAAGUCAAGAGCAGCAGGCAAUUCCAAAGGAAGUUGCGGCAGGCAUGCGUCAGCAAUCAUGCGUCAGCAGGGAUUCGAAUCGUGCAGGAGCACCGUCGGUUCGCAGCACAACCGGUGUGACGCGCUCCGAGGUAGCAACCUCUGGUUGACUUUUGAGUCGACUCAAAAGCAACCUCAGGCUCAGGCUGCACAGCUGCUGUUCGUCACGCCGGUGUCACGACUGCAGUACAGACUGAAAGGAGACAAAGAGGAGGUAGCGGCUCAUUACCCAGCCAGAAUUCGCAGCUUUAUCUGCUCCUGCGAGUUUCCCCGGAGGUGUAUUUUCACGGUACGGUACGCGAUCCUCCGCGUUCACCCGCACGACAGCCUACUGGGACCAGCCCUGUGUUAGGUUCUUGAGAAUUCUCAAAGACCAGCCCUUGGCGCGGCAGAUCCAUGGCAGACCCUCCUGGUGCUGCUGCUGGUGCGCCACCCGGAACGGCUGAAUCAUGUUGGAAUGUCGCUUCGGCUGCUCUGCCGUCGCAACAAGGCUUUCCGUACUCUGCCCCCGCAGCAAUAUUCCGCGAGCCUUUGGCUGUAGCACAGCGUGUAUCCCCUUUACAAGCACCCCGGUCUAUGGCUGUAGCACCGGAAGACUCCCUGCAGUGUACUGCCCAGAGUAACCUGGCUUGGAGCUUGAGUAGCUGUGGUAGCAGGAGGGCGCGUGAGAACCCUCAGCUACAGCCGCACGUGGAAUACGAUAAAGACCAACCAGAAACGAGGGUGAGAGAAAGAGUGGAGUUUGGGGUAGCGGCAGCAAAAGAUGUUUGGGAGGGGUGGGGAGUAGAGCUGUGGAGAGGAGGGAAAUUGGUUUGGCACGAGAUGGAGGGAGUGGAAAAAGUACGAGCAUAGAGCAGAUUGAGGGAGGGGGGGGAGAAGGGCUGGCUGGAAUAACAGGAAAUGUCACUUUUCCUUCUAAGAGAGGUUCUUGGCUAAGUGGCAGAGGAGGCAAGAGAGCUGGUAGCCUUAGGAAACAGCAGCGGUUGCUUCCGAGCGAGGACGAGGUGAGGGAAGCUGCAGCUGAUUGGCCAACCGUUGGGGCCACUUUGAGGCGAGCUCUUGGGAUUGGAAGUGCUGGUGAGACUGGAGGUAAUGUUGGGAUUGGGAGGAGCGGUGACUCAGCUGAAAGGGCACAGAGCGCAGGGGAAGCUCAAGCGAGGCCAGAGCAAGCAGGUGGACAAGAGCAGGGUCGAAUUGAGAAGGCAACAGGUUUGGCAUGGCAAGUGGAAGGGAAGUUUCCGGAGGAAGUGCUUCCUGAAACGCAAGAGGAGCGGCAUGAAACGCAGCAGCAGCAGCAACAUUUGCCCCUCAUCAGAUUGGGUGCGGUGCCAGGGGUUGGGGGAUCAUGGAGCGCAGGAGGAUCUGGAGCCGGUCCCAAGGCGCAUCACGAGUGCAGAUUCUGUGGCAAGGGAUUUGAUUCUUCUCGCGCACUUGGCGGCCACAUGAAUCUGCACAGGAGAGAGCGGAAGAUGGAGAAUAUUGUUUUGCAGAAGACAGAGGAGCAAGCCCGGACUGGAAUAGCACAGCUGCUGCAGCAUCAGCUGGAGCAGCAACAGCCACUACAGCAACAGUGGCGACCACAGCAGCAGCUGCUUCAGCAGCAACCAGAACAGCGGCUCCUGCAAGAGCAGCAGAAGCAGCAGCAACGGCAGCAAGAGCAGCGAAGCCAUCAGCUGCAGGUGCUCCAGCAGCAGCAGUUACAGCUUCAACCAGAGAAGCAGCAGGAGCAGCAGCAACGGCAGCAAGAGCAGCGACGCCAUCAGCAACAGCUGCUCCAGCAGCAGUUGCAGCAACUGCAGCAAGCCGAAGCAAACUACCAGCAGCAACUGGGGGAACUGCUUCAACAGCAGCAGCAGCAGCAGCAGCAGCAGCAGCAGCAGCAGCAGCAGCAGCCAGCAGUGAUUGUGCAGACAGCAUUGCCUUUCUCACCCGAACUCGCCCAACAGCAGCUGCAGCUGGUUCGUGUGGCUGAUACUUCGUCCCUUGGCUCUGCGGCUCCUGCUGCACCCUACAGCACAGCAACUGCAGGAAGCAGGCCUUUAGCUGGCAUGCAAUGUGAAUCGUCUACUAGCAUGGGCCCUGGUGUAUUCGAUGCCACGGCUGCUGCUGCUGUGGGUGCUGGAUGGAGUGGACCGAGUGAUCUGAGUGGAUUGAUGGCGGAUCACAGCGACAUGGCAAGGCGUGGUGGGGGUUUUGCUGGCGAUGGGGGGCGCGUGGAGCAGCAGAUGGAGACUCAUCUGCAGAGUGCUUCACUGCUUCAAGCGCAGUGGCAAGAGCAACAGCAGCAACAGCAGUGGCAUCAGGAGAAGAUGCAACAGCGAUGGCAAUGGCAAUGGCAAUGGCAACAGCAACAGCUACAGCAACAGCAGGAACAACAGCGGCAGCGGCAGCGACAGCAAGAGGAGAAGCAGCAACAGCAAGAGGAGAGGCAACAACAGCAAGAGGAGAAGCAGCAACAGCAAGAGGAGAAGCAGCAACUGCAAGAGGAGAAGCAGCAACAGCAGCAGCUGCUCUUGCUUCAGCGUCUCCUCCAGCAGCACCAACAGCAAGAAACACACAAUAAAGAAACACUACCACAGCUGCGGCAGCCUCUGCUUUGCUCCACUGACCAGCGUGCUUUCGAAUCAGCGUUUCCACAGUCUGCAUUACAAACAGUGCCGCCAGCAACAACAGUGCUUUCAGCAGCUCCAUCACCUCCCACCACUCAGCAGCAACCUGCCACAACUCCGCAGCGGCAUCAUCCGCUCCUCCCUCCUCCUGCCAUGCAACCUGCCACAACUCAGCAGCAGCACCAUCCACUACCCCCUCCUCCCUCCCCAGACCCCUUCCUCUCCACCCUCGCCCCCGAAGUUCUCCAAUCUCUCGUCCUCCACUCCCGCCCCCCAGGAACAGCCCCUGCAGUUUCCGUAACAGCUCAUGCGGUUACCACUGGGGUUUUGCCUGCACCUGCUCAUCCCGCUUCGGUUCCUCCCUCCCUCCUGCCCAUGGGCACCCCUUCUGCACCCAUGGGCACCGCUUCUGCGACCAUGACCGCUGCUCCCGCCCUGCUGUUUGCUGCUUCCCCUCAGCAGCAAUCCCCACUUGUUCCAUCUGUCAUGUUUCUUGAGCCAUCGCCAGUUCCAUCUACUGUACGCCUGGCAGGUGUUACGCCUGGCGUUACAUCUGGCGUUACAUUUGGCGUUGCAUCUGGCGUUGCAUCUGGCGUUGCAUCUGGGCGGCCAGAGUCUGCCCCGGAUGUAGCGGCAACAGAGGAGCAGCAGCUGGGCGGCAUGGGAGGGGGACAGGGGUGGGGGCGUCUGGCUAUGACACAGCAGGAGGGCGUAAGAGCACAGCAGCAGGUUCUCCAGCAGCAGCAGCAGCAGCAGCAGCAGCAGCAGCAGCAGCAGCAGCAGCAGCAGCAGCAGCAGCAGCAGCAGCAGCAGCAGCAGCAGCAGCAGCAGCAGCAGCAGCAGCAGCAGCAGCAGCAGCAGCAGCAGCAGCAGCAGCAGCAGCAGCAGCAGCAGCAGCAGCAGCAGCAGCAGCAGCAGCAGCAGCAGCAGCAGCAGCAGCAGCAGCAGCAGCAGCAGCAGCAGCAGCAGCAGCAGCAGCAGCAGCAGCAGCAGCAGCAGCAGCAGCAGCAGCAGCAGCAGCAGCAGCAGCAGCAGCAGCAGCAGCAGCAGCAGCAGCAGCAGCAGCAGCAGCAGCAGCAGCAGCAGCAGCAGCAGCAGCAGCAGCAGCAGCAACAGCAGCAGCAGUUGCAGCAGCAGCAUCAGCAGCAGCAGCAGCAGCAGCGGCAGCAGCUGGAGCAGCAGCAGUUGCAGGGUGGCGUGGUAGUGAAUGCUGGACUGCCCUCGGCACUGCAGCAACAGCACCUGCAGCAACAGCAACUGCAGCAGCAGCUGCUGCAGGGUGGUGUGGUAGUGAAAGCUGGACUACCCAUGGCUCUUGUUGGCCUUGCAGCACCGCCUGUUGGGCUGGCAGCACCGCCUGUUGGGCUGGCAGCACCACCUGUUGGGCUGGCAGCACCGCCUGUUGGGCUGGCAGCACCACCUGUUGGGCUGGCAGCACCGCCUGUUGGGCUGGCAGCACCACCUGUUGGGCUUGCUGAGCUGGCAGGCAUACAGGGGAUGGGAGGAGGGGAUACUGGGCGAGGAGGAGGUGGGCGGUCAGCGGGCACUGUGGCAUGGCUGCGAUCCCACAGGCCACCAAGGCCGCAGGCGCAGCAGCAGUGGCGGCAGCAGCAGCAGCAGCAGCAGCAGCAGCAGGAGCAGCAGCAGCAGUGGCAGCAUCAAAAGCAGCAGCAGGAAUUUUUGAGUCAGCUUGUUGCCUUGGCAGAGCACCAAGCACAGCCAUGCAUGGGGAGGGCUGUGCCUUUUCCUAGUGGUGUGGCUGUGUCUAGUCUGACUGUGCCUGGUGUGGCUAUGCCUGGUGUGACUGUGCCUGGUGUGACUGUGCCUGGUGUGAGUGUACCUGGUGUGACUGUUCCGGAGUUCGCUUUUAGUUUCCCUCACCUCACCGCUGGGCCUCUUGCUCCUGCACUUGCUGGUGUUACAAUUCCUGCUGCGCUUACUGCUACUACAGCUGCUGCUGCUACUGCUACUGCUGCUACUGCUCAUAUGCCACUUCCUGUAGCUACAAGCUCGGGCGUUUCAUCGCGUCAUUUCCUGCCUGGUGGCGUAACAACUCAUGGUUCCAUCCCACCAUCUGAGCAGCACUCCUUCGCUUCCUUUGCACAACCGUUAUCCCCUGCUGAAGCUGCCUUGGUACAGCAGCAGGAGGCUGGCCCCUUACCAGAGCAGCUAAUGCAAGGGGGGGUGAUAGGUGGGAGCAAGGAGGAAGAGUUGGCAAGGUUGGAGCAGCUUCGCCAGUUGUUUCUCUUACAGGAGCAGCUUAUGGUUGAGCAGCCAGGGGAAGAUGUGCUUCAAGUGAGGGUGGAGAGAUUGAAAGGCUCCCAGGGUGGUAACAUUGGUCUUGUUACAGAGCAGGAAUUUGCAAGAGUAGGUGGAGAGAAUGUAAAAGAAGGGGGCGGGAGCAGGCCCCCAGAUUCGUGUUAGGCCACGCCCAAACAACACCCCGAAAAUCAGCUAAUGCUUGGUAGUGGUUUUCGUUCUUGUUGGCCCAGUUCUUUCGUUUCCAAGGCUGAUUCAUCAGAGUCGGUACA